AUGCAUGUUUCCACGGUUGCAUCCGAGUUAGCAUUUAGUACGGGAGGUCGUGUGCUUGACCAUUUUCGGAGUUCAUUGGCUCCGAGAACCAUUGAGGCAUUAAUUUGUACUCAAAAUUGGUUAAAACAUCCGGCAACAAUCAUUGAUAUCCGGGAGGCUAUGGAUAAUGUGGAGAGCUUCAUAGUAGAAUCAGAAUCGCCGCACCUACACGUGGCUGUCCCCCCCACCACCACUAAUAUCCUCCUUCGCACUCCUUGGUCCGCCAGUCAACACCGCGGGAUCAAAAUCUCCGGCUCCGAUGUCAAAGUUGGCAAUGUGAUAGAAAAAAAAGGACGCAUGUACCAGGUCCUUAAGACAGAUCAUUCCCAUGAAGGAAGAGGCAAAGCUACAAUAAAGGUGGAGCUCCGUGACAUUGAAAGUGGAAACAAAGUAUCCCAACGACUGGCUACUUAUGAGAGUGUUGAAAGGGUUUAUGUUCAACAGAAAACUUACAUGUAUAUGUGCACAGAUCGUAGUGGCGUUGUAGUGCUGAUGGACAUUGAAACAUUUGAUCAGUUGGAGGUGUCCCAGGAGUUGUUUGGCAAAGAUGCCAAGUACUUAAAAGGUGAUAUGAGAGUUACAGUAAGGCUUUAUGAUGGUAUACCUUUUUCUGCAUCAGUUCCAAAACAUGUGACAUGUAUUGUAAAGGAAGCACAACCUCCUUUGAUGGGCAUUACAGCCACACCUAGGGGUAAAAAAGUUGUAUUGGACAAUGGGCUGAUUGUUGAGGUACCAGUAUUCGUCAUUGCCGGUGAUGCUGUAGUUAUUGAUACUGAGACUGACUCUUACCUUGAAAGGGCAAAGGCAUAAUAAUAUGAAGGAGAGAUGGAAUGGCAUUGAUGCAAU